AUGACGCCCUUCCUGGACUUUCACUGGCCGGUCCGCAGCCUGUGGCCGGAGACCCGCCCGCUGUUCUUCCAGCUGGAGCAGGAGAUGAUCCGCCACAUGCAGGAGAUGAGGCAGAACAUGGAGUUCAUGGAGCGGCUCCACCAGAAGAUCUUCGAGGAGAUCGACCACUCCGCUCCCCUCUCCUCCUCCUCCUCCUCCUUCUUUAAGCCAAUCACCUUCCAGGACCUGGGGAAGGAUGGGAGCAGCUUCGCCCUCAGUCUGGACACGCAGGACUUCUCUCCUCAGGAGCUGUCCGUCAAACAGGUGGGCAGGAAGCUGAGGGUGAGCGGGCGCUCCGAGAAGAAGAAGGAGGACGAGAAAGGCUCCUACUCCUACAGGUGUCAGGAGUUCAGGCAGGAGUUCGAUCUGCCCGACGGCGUCAACCCUGAGGAGGUCACCUGCUCCCUGGUGGGGGGCAGGCUGCAGAUCCAGGCGCCCCGGGAGAAACCAGAGCAUGAUGGGAAGGAGAGAGUCAUCCCCAUCAACGUCACCUCGGUCCCCGCCAUCACCUCCUCCUGUGAGGGGGCGGAGGGGAGCUCCACCUCCUCUCCAGAGAGCAGCUCUGUUAAAAACUGA